AUGCCCAGCAGACCCACCAGCAGCUCCUCCCGCGCCAAACCCCCCGACGACACCCCCUCCACCAUCGACAAACUCGACUACGUCCCCGGCGGACGCCCGCUCCUCCGCUCCCCCUCCGCCGAACCCCACAGCCGCACCAGCGAAGCCCACAGCUACGCCGGCAGCUUCUUCGAAGAAGUCGCCGACGGCAUCGUCGCGCAAGACCGAGACCGGAUGAAGAAGCAGUUUACGCGGUACCUGAGCUUUACAUGGGCGAUUGUGAACUGUCUCGGUGCUGGGGGAAUUACGGCGUACAGUCUAUACGGCCCGCUGUUUCAGAGGCGGUUGCAUUAUACGCAGUUGCAGGUCAAUGGAGUUUCGAUUGCGGCGGAGUUGAGUUUGUACUUGCCGGUGCCGAUUUGGGGGUAUAUGUGUGAUCGGUAUGGGCCUGGGAUACCAUCGUUGUUGUCCGGGAUAUUGUUUGGGUUGGGGUAUUUGCUUGCUGCUUUUGCGUAUCAGAGCGGGCCUCCCCCGGAUCGAGGCGGGGACGGAUGGCCGUACUGGGUGAUGCUGCUGGCCUUCGUGCCGAUUGGAUGUGCGACAAGCUGCAUGUAUUUGUCGGCGGUCACGACAUGCGCGAAGAACUUUGGGCGUGGGAAGUACAAGGGCAUAGCGCUGGCGCUGCCUAUAGCAUGCUUUGGGCUGAGCGGGAUGUGGCAGUCGCAGGUGGGGAGUCAACUGUUGUAUGAGAAGAAGCCGGAUGGUAAGAAGGGAGACGUGGACGUAUACCGGUAUUUCCUGUUUUUGGGGUUGCUAUGUCUUGGGCUUGGAAUAAUAGGCUUCUUCACGCUGAAGGUCGUCAACGAGGAGGAGCUGAUUGACGAGGCAGUGGAUGAGUUGGAGCAGAGUGGGUUGCUAGACAGCAGCCAGUUCUUACAGCGGAUGACGAGCAGUGGGAAUAUCGAAUACGGCACCAUGUCGAACGAGCGCCGUCUGAGCGCAGAAGAGUUCGACGAACUUCGCCGCGAGGCCGAAGAAAAGAAAGCACGGCGCCUCGAAGAACAGCGCAAGAAGACAUGGCUGCUCAACGAAGAAACACGCCGCUUCCUCUCCGACCACACCAUGUGGUGGCUCGCCGCUGGCUUCUUCCUCGUCACGGGUCCUGGUGAAGCCUUCAUUAACAACCUAGGAACAGUAAUCGGCACUCUCUACCCACCCUCCCUCGCGCCACCAGAGAACAGCGAUCCCGGCCAAACGAGCGCCGCCACGCACGUCUCCAUCGUGGCCAUUACCAGCACUAUCGCUCGCAUCCUAACUGGCACCCUCACCGACGUCCUCGCGCCCACUUCAUCCCCUCAUCAACACCGCCGUGGUCCAAACAGCUUAGCCAACAGCCUCGCCUCCCUUCCCCAAGCCGGUCCCCCAGAACCAUCAGGCCGCUUCGAGCUCUCCCGCAUCACCUUCCUCAUCGCCUUCUCCAUCCUCAUGUCCAUCGGCCAGGUCAUCCUCGCAAGCGGCCUAAUCCAAGGACAUGGCGACCUCUUCUGGCUCGUCUCCGCCUCCAUCGGCGCCGGCUACGGUGCCGUCUUCAGCCUGACACCCAUUUGUGUGAGCGUCAUCUGGGGUGUAGAGAACUUCGGCACCAACUGGGGUAUCGUGGCUACGGUUCCUGCGAUCGGUGCCACGGUGUGGGGCCUAGUGUAUUCAGGCGUGUAUCAAUGGGCUGCGGAGAAAGGGGUAGAGGCUUCGGAGAUGAAGGAGGAUUUGCUGUGUUAUGGGACGAGUUGCUAUGCGCCGACUUUCGGGGCGAUGGCGGUGAGUGUGUGGUUGGCGUGUGGGCUGUGGGCGUGGGCUUGGAGGGGACCUGGGGGGUGGUAUCGGAGGGGUGUACUUGUGUAG